CGACAAUGCUGGUCGAGUCGUUUGUCGCCGCAAUUGGCACCGCGUCUGCGAAACCGAACACGUCCCAGACCAAGGAUGUCGGCAUCUUCCUCCACGAGCACCAGCCGACGCUGGCGCCGCGCGCGCUGUACAAGAAGAGUGCCGCGGCGCCGAACUGCGUCGCCGUGAGCCAGUCGCAUAUCUUUGCUGCGCAGGCCGACAAGGCGGUGGUGCACGUCUACAAUAGGGAGAAGGGCGCGCAGGAAGCAACGGUCCCGUUUCCGGAGAAGGUCACCAGUCUGUGCCUUGCGCUCGACGACACGGUGCUUGUGCUGGGGACCGAGGGAGGACGAGUGUGUCUGUGGGAGAUUGCGACGGGCAGGUCAUUAACGGGCCCGCAAACGCACCUCCAGGCCAUCACCGUCGUGGCCGUCGACCCGCCCUCGCAGUACAUCCUCAGCGGCUCGGCCGACUCCAACAUUCACGUGUGGUCGCUGCCGGCGCUGCUCUCCUUCACCGCGCCCACCAACCCCGCCCCGCUGCACACGCUCUCGAACCACCGCGCCGCCGUCACGGCCCUCGCCGUCGGGCACAGCUGCUCCGCCGCCAACAUCGUCCUUUCUGCCUCCGCCGACAACACCGUCAUCGCGUGGGACUACAAGGCCAACCAACUGCUCGCCACGUACCUGCUCGGCGACACGGCGCUGGCGCUGGCCCUCGACGCCGCCGACCGCCUCUUCUUCGCCACGUACGCCGACGGCAGCGUCCAAGCCAUCGACUUCUACGCCGACGACUCCGCCGACGCCGAACCGCGCGCGGCGACGGACUCGCUGCGCGACAUCGACACGUCGUACACGCCUCUGCAGCCGGCGCCGUCCACGCGCUGGCACGCGCCGAGCCAGGACCUCGGGGCGGCUCUCAGCGCGGCGCUCAGCUGGGACGGCAGCACGCUGCUGACGGGGCACGCGAGCGGCAAAGUGGCCGCGUGGUCGCCCGCCAGCAGCGCGCAUUUCCGCAACACGGUGGCGACGUUGCCGGGCCCGGCCACGAACCUCGCCUUCCUGCCGCCGACCGGCUGGCCCGACGCCCCGGCGCCGCGCUUCAAGGUCCCGGCGGUGCUGAAGCCGCGCCAAGACCUCAAGACGCUGGUGGCCGGCGGCGAGGUCGCGAGCCCCGUGCCUAAGGGGUAUGCGAUCACGGCGCAGCUGUGCGGGAGCGCGGAGAAAGGUGCGCUGGGUAAGAGGAAGGGGAGGAACGGGACGCAGCGCAGUGCUAGCGCUUUCGACGACGCGCUGACGUGCGCGACGGGCUUCCCGCCCGGCAUGCUCGAGGCGUCGCUCGCGGAGCUGACGAGCUUCGCCUCCUCGUACUCUUUUGCCCAUGCCCCCUCUGGCACCACCACCAACGCACCACCAGCCUCGACCGCAGCAGCAGCAGACAUGACGACCACCAGCGCAGACGUCAUGGCGCUAGACUCUGCAGCCACUUCGGCCGCACCAGCAAGCGAGACCGAACCCGAUCUAGAGCGCCAGAACCGCGAGCUCAAAGCGCAAGUGGCGGCGCUGCAGCGCGUGCAGGAAACGACGUUUGGGCAGCUGGCGGAGCUAAGGGAGGAGUGUAGGCGGUUGGGCGGGGGUGCGGGUGCGGGUGGGAGUGGUGUUGGUGAGGGGAAUGGGGUGAAAGGGGGAAAGGGGGGUAAGGGGGGUAAGGGGGAUGGGAAGGAGAAGGAGAAGGAGAAGAAGAGGAAGGAGCGCUUGAGUCGGGUUUUGGGGAGUGAUGAGGAUUGAGAGACGGGGGAGGGCAUCUAGAUCUAGUUCAGACGUGUGGAUGGAUGGAUGGAUGGAUGCUUGCUUGCUUGGUACCUAGAUAGGUAGGUAGGUAGGUAGGAGUGCAUAAGUGGCGUUAUUACGGCGGGCGGGCGGCG